GUCUAGGACUAGUUUGCUGGAGAUAGUAAAAGCCACAUGCCGUCUUUCUGUGGUUGAUUCAAUAUGAACGCGAACCGUAUUCUCAUUCUCUAUUUUGAGCAAUCAACUGCCCAGACCCUUGGUUGAAAACACAUUCAUCGUAACUUUAGGGAUUUUAUGGUACUUCACGGACACCGUAGCUUAAACCACAUAAAGGAGACCUAUACCCGGUCCCUUGGAAUCGAUCUCUGGGCUUUCCACGCAGACCUUUACCUUCAUUGUUUUCUCAUCUAAUUCAGUUGCAAUGAUGAUCAAGGCGUCCUUGUGUACUUUCACCAUUUUGUGCCUCCCUCUUGUGGGUGCCCAGUAUGGAGGAGGAGGAGGAGGUUCUAGCGAUACUACUACGACCACUGCGAGCUCAACAGAAAGUAGUUCAGCUUCGAGUACCACCCAAUCGGUCCGUGUUGGUGAAAGUGGCUUUACUUUUAAUCCUGACACUAUCCACAUCCCUGCGAGAGGUGUAGUUGAGUUCCAUUUCUAUGCAGGCGAUCACUCAGUUGCCCAGGCCGCUUUUAAUAAUCCGUGCCAUCCUAUGAGCGAUACUAGCUUCUUCAGUGGAUUUAUGGCAUCCGCGAAUAAUGGAAAGCCUGUCUGGUCGUUGACUGUCAAUGAUACAAAUCCGAUCUGGUUCUACUGUGGACAAGUUGGACAUUGUCAAGCUGGCAUGGUUGGUGUGAUUAACCCGUCUGGCUCAGAUACGCUUGAUUCAUUCAAGUCGGCAGCUUCUAGUGCAAAUGGUCAGAGUGUGCCAGCCACGGCCCAAGGUGGCAUUCUCGGUACGCCAAGUGCUGGUCAGACAACCACAACCUCCAGCAGUAAAACCGCCACCAGCGGUCCAUCUACUACCGGCGGUCCAUCUACUACCAGCGGUCCAUCCACUACAAGCAGUCCAUCCACUACCAGUAUUAUGACUACCACCAGCAGCACAUCUACUGCAAGCGGAACACAGACCAGCACAGGUAGCUCCAGCCCCAGCGCCACGAAUAUAGCAGAAAAUUUGCACGUUUCAGCUGAUCUCAGUGUCUUGGCUAUCCUUACCUUAACAAUGGCUAUUUUUCUGAUAUAGGCUCUGUUUCAGCGUCACUUAUGAGGUGCUGGGAUUGGUGAAAGUCAGCUACUGAGGCAUCGGAUGAACAUAAAAAGGGAAAAAUGCACGUUCCUGAUGAGGUACCUAGUCAUUAAUUAGGGUCUGCAAUAACUUGUGACGCAGAUACUAGCUUCUCUCCUUUAACCAGUCUUGGGCAUUGCCUAAAACAUUAUAUACAUGUUGCCUGUACUACGUGAUUGUGCUUCCUCUACUUAAGUAGCUUCGCUUACUUUAUAAAAGUUGCCUGCUUGAUGGUCCACUACUGAGGUAUGCAAAUAGAG